GGCCUGGCGGGCUGGUAGCGGGAUAGGGAGGGAGGAGCUAUCUAGCUCGUUCUUCCUGCUGCUUCCCCCCAUCUCCCCUUUGCUCCCACCCAUCAGCAGAGCCUGCCUCCCUCGACCCGCCUCCUCUCCCCCGCCUCCCCACCUGAAGGAGGACCUCAUUUUCCCUGCCCAGGGACGGACUGCCUGGCGGCCGCGGGCUCUCAAAAAGUGCGGGGGCUGUGCCGUCGCCUGGAGAAGCAGCGAGGCAGCUGUCGGAGCUGGAGCGCUUGAGCGGGGGCAACUCGAGGGCAAGCGGGUCCUUGGCGCCUACUCUCCGCCCCCAUCCUCCUCUUCUUUCUCUGCUCGGACCCACCUGCCGGGCCUUUGCCGCAUGGCGCUGUCCGGGGGAGCCGUGGCGCUGCCUCCUCCUCCUUUUUCUUCUCCUCCUCUUCCUCCUCCUCCUCUUCCUCCUCGGGAUGCUGCAGUUCGCCGGGUGCGGGUCCUCGGCUGCUGGUAGCAGCGGCAGCAGCGUCCUAGGCAGCAGCGUCCAAGGCAGCGGCAUCCGAGGCAACGGCAGCUGCAUCCCAGGCAAUAGCGGUCUCCAGGAGACCGCACGGCUUCCCAGGGCUGCACUGAUUCGCUUCCCCUGAGCGAGGUGUCUCCGGGUGCUCGGACAGUGCGCGGGCUGGGAUAGCAGGCCACUUCAGCUGGAGAAAGGAGAAGCCUAGGGCAGUCCAAGGGCUCUCUGUGAAUGGAUCCGAGUGGUUCCAAGAGCGUAGCGGCGGCCCCGGGGAUCGGGGCGCUUUGAGCGCGGAGAAUGUGCCCCGGCCAGGCGACCGCGCCUGGGAGGAGGACCAGACUCCUGAGUCCAGCUUGGCAACUCACACACUAACUCGACUGGAUCCAACUUCCCGGCUCCGGCUCCGGCUCCUACGCAGCCGGAGCCCUGCUCUAUGGCCGCAGCGGGCUGCGUGGACCCCGCGGCGCCGCAGAUUUCUGUUCAGAGACAUGCUCACUGUCCACAAGCAUUUGAAGUGACUCGACAUUCAGGAUAAGUGAUGACACGAGAACAGUAUAUAUUGGCAACACAGCAGAAUCACCUGCCUCGAACGGAGAAUCCUCAAUUUUAUCCAGUCGGAAUUUAUGGAUGGAGGAAGAGGUGCUUAUACUUUUUUGUCCUCCUGCUUCUGGUUACUGCAAUUGUUAACUUAGCCAUGACGAUAUGGAUAUUGAAAGUGAUGAAUUUCACUGUGGAUGGGAUGGGGAAUCUGAGAGUCACCAAGGAAGGAAUCCGACUUGAAGGUAUAUCUGAAUUUCUACUUCCAUUGUAUGUGAAAGAAAUCCAUUCCCGAAAGGACAGCCCAUUGGUCUUACAGUCUGACAGGAAUGUUACCCUGAAUGCCCGGAAUGCCCAGGGACAACUCACUGGCCAGCUGACUGUAGGGGGCUGGAGAAGGUGGCUGACUGUGGACUCCACACCUCUUCAAGGAUUGGACUUCCCCUGUUUGUGGGUUCCAGGAGCAGACACUGUGGAAGCUCAGUGUAAAAAGUUUGAAGUGCGUGCAAGUGAAGGUGGCAGGGUCCUAUUUUCUGCCAAUGAAGAGGAGAUCACUAUUGGGGCUGACCGACUGAAAGUAACAGGCACAGAAGGAGCAGUGUUUGGACACUCUGUAGAAACACCUCACAUCAGAGCAGAACCUUCCCAAGAUCUCAAGCUUGAAUCUCCAACUAGGUCUUUGAUCAUGGAAGCACCUAGGGGUGUCCAAGUGAGUGCAGCUGCAGGAGACUUUAAGGCCACAUGCAGGAAAGAACUUCACUUACAAUCCACAGAAGGGGAGAUAUUUUUAAAUGCAGACACCAUUCGUCUAGGAAAUCUGCCUGUGGGAUCCUUUUCUGCUGCCCCACCAAGCUCCCCAGCACCUCAACAGACUGUGUACGAGCUCUGUGCCUGUCCUAAUGGCAAACUGUACCUUUCCCCAGCUGGAACAGGCUCCACGUGUCAUUCCAGCAGCAGCAUCUGCUUGUGGCACUGACACGCCCCUGAUGGCACCUCACACCAGAAUAGCCUUCCCUUCCUGGCCGUCUGCUACCCAGUUCUGCUCAGUUUGCCUCCCAAGGAGUCCAAGGCACUCUCAUACUUUGCAAAGAGUCUCAGUCAAAGCUACUCACAGGGGAGACAGCACCAAGGUUUGGAGGGACGCUGUUGUCUUCAGCAGGAAAUCUGGAUCGUUCUGUCCCUCUGGGUGUCUGCUACAUGGAGGCGAGCACAUGCUUUAAACUUUGGCAGGACCGGGAUGGAAACUGCACGAACAUACGUGAUCUAGAAACAUUCCCUCAGCAUCCCACUGGGAGACAUAUUGGGAAUUGGGAAACCUGUAUGAUAACUAACACUACUGUCUGAAAGCACAAUUUUCCAUUCAUCUUUUUGGAUGUAAACUUUUAUCCCAUAAUUUUAAAAUAUUGAAAGCAUUGUGUAAUGCUUGCUUUACUAAACAAUUAAAUUCAAUACAUGUUUUUAAAGGAGAGGAGAGAGAGAGAGAGAGGAAGAGGGAGAGAG